GAUUAACUUCCGUGUUUUUGCUUUAGUCUUGUGGUGUUUUCUCCGUCAUCAUGGGUGCGUGUAUGGCCUUGUGUUCGCUGGCGAGCUGCGCGUCCUGUCUGUGCGGCUCUGCGCCAUGUCUCUUAUCAGGAUGUUGCCCUUCUACAUACAACUCCACCGUGACCCGCCUGGCCUUCUCCUUUUUUCUUCUGCUGGGCACUAUAGUGUCCAUCAUCAUGAUCCUGCCAGGCAUGGAGACACAGCUAAAGAAGAUUCCUGGUUUUUGUGAAGGAGGCUCUUCUAUACCAGGAAUUGAAGGGAAGGUGAACUGUGAGAUCAUCGUUGGCUAUAAGUCGGUCUACAGGAUGUGCUUUGCUAUGGCCUGUUUCUUCUUCCUCUUCUCCAUCAUCAUGAUCCGUGUUAGAAGCAGCAAAGAUCCACGAGCUUCAAUUCAAAACGGUUUCUGGUUCUUCAAGUUCUUGAUUCUGGUCGCUCUUACUGUGGGAGCUUUCUUCAUUCCAGAUGGAGCAUUCAACACAGUGUGGUACUACUUUGGUGUGGUUGGGUCCUUCGUCUUCAUUUUGAUUCAGCUCAUUCUGCUGGUGGAUUUUGCACACACCUGGAACCAAAAGUGGGUGGAGAACGCAGAGGAAGGGAACCGUAAAUGCUGGUUUGCAGCCCUGCUCUCUUUCACAGUGGUGCACUAUAUCUGUGCCUUCGCUGCUGUGGUUUUGUUCUAUGUCUUCUACACGCAGCCAGAUGACUGCACAGAACACAAAGUCUUCAUCAGCCUCAACUUCAUCUUCUGUAUCAUUGUGUCUGUGGUGGCCAUCCUUCCAAAAGUGCAGGAAUCUCAGCCGAGUUCUGGUCUGCUCCAGGCGUCUCUCAUCUCUCUCUACACCAUGUAUCUCACAUGGUCUGCUAUGAGCAACAACCCCAAUCGUAAGUGCAACCCCAGUCUGUUGAGUCUAGUCAAUGGCGGGCCCACAGCACCCACUCCCACCAGUGCCCCCGGUAUCCAGACACAGUGGUGGGAUGCUCAGAGCAUUGUGGGUUUGGUCAUCUUCCUCCUGUGCACACUGUAUGCCAGCAUUCGUUCCUCAAACAACAGCCAGGUGAACAAGCUCAUGCAGACAGAGGAGGUUCAGGGGCUGGCGAGCGCGGAUGCCAGCGAGGGCGUCUCUGAGGAUGGCGUGAGACGAGCUGUGGAUAACGAAGAGGACAGCGUCACAUACAGCUACUCGUUUUUCCAUUUCUCUCUCUUCCUCGCCUCCCUCUACAUCAUGAUGACCUUGACCAACUGGUAUCAGCCUGAAACCGACUACACAGCCAUGAAAACCACGAUGCCGUCCGUGUGGGUGAAGAUCUGUUCGAGUUGGCUGGGACUGGCACUGUACCUCUGGACUCUUGUGGCUCCGGUAAUCCUGGCGGACCGAGACUUCAGCUAAACGCACAUCCGAUUCUACAGGUGGCCUUAUCCAGACGCAAUAUACUUUAUGCUGAGGUCACUACUUUACAGAAGUUUCUUACGAUGUUCUGAGCUCUUGAAUUAUGCACACUUGUAAACCUUCGCUGGACACUUUUCAUUUACAUUUUUGUUACAUAAUCAUAAACCUUUACCAAAACUCAGAAAGCCUGUCAUAAAUGAUGCUUUGAUCUUGGUAAUGACUAAAUUGGGCACUUUUAUGGUUAACUCUUUCUGUUUUAAAAAAAAUAUUUAGAAUUUAUAUAUACUUCAAUUCACAUAUUUUUUUUAGACAUCCAUUUCUGGAUAUUUUAUUGUUCUUUAUAUCUGUUUUGGGUCCAAUUUUGUUAUAAAUUGCACUAAGUUUGAUCAAAUCAAAGAUGAAUGUUCAGUUGAAAAUGAAGAUCGCCUUAUACAUUCUUCUAAAGAACUGAAUCCAUUUACACUUUCGAAGCUUUAUGAUGAUGUUCCUGACCAAAAGAGAUUCUAGUUCUGUUUUUGUACUUUAUUCAUUCUUAUAAAACUGAUUAUUAAAGAAAAUGUACACAAGAA